UAAGCCGAGUAAGGACGAGUCUACUCCUACUGCCAAACAGCAGCUUAAACUUUCCAACGAGAGAAGAGUGAGAUUUGGGAUCACAGCAAAAUCAGUCGACAGUAGCUGCUUCUCAAAUCUCAACCAAAUCCGUUCUGAGAUCGAAAGGAAGCUUUGACUAUCGUCUUUGAUGGCGAAGGAGCAAAUCUUGAGGCCUUGGUUUCUGGAUCUCGUACCGGCUUUGGUUAUUUUGCUCGCCGCAGCUCAUGUCAUGGCCUUGGGUUACUGGAUUUACAGAUUGGCGACUGAUCGUCGGGCUCAGAGUCAGAGAGGAAAGUUUCACUGAGGAAAAGAGUAUUCUUCACUGGUGUUUCACAAAUUUUCUGAGGGUAAAGACAUGUUUAUCCAAAUUGUGUUCAUGAAGACAGACCUUAGUCUCUCUGUAAUAGUUACUGACGUUCUAAGAUCUUAGAUUUCUUAUCUAAGAUCCAACCAAGAGUGAAACACUGCCUUGGGAAACUAUUUUAUAUUAGCUGCAAGUGAUAUUGAGUAGUCAGCAUUUCAAUAAUCAAAGAUCACAAUGCUGAAUUCAUGGCAGGUGUAGGAGAUCUAGUUAGAAAUUUACACAAAAACAGGCUUUUUUCCCUUCGUGUAGUUUUUUCUCAUUUCAUGUUUUCUUUUAACAAAGUUUCUUAAUUUUGCCU